ACGCCGCCACAGCAGCUCCAGCAUGUUUUCGCCGAAGUCUCCCAAAAGCCCAGCCGAGUGUGACUCCGAGCCCGGCUCCGGGGAGCAGAUCUGCAUGGUUGAGUGUGGCUCUAAGCCCAGAUGCACCUGUGGCGUCCGCGCAGAGGGCUGCGACAGGAGAGACUGUGUGGCACAUUUAAAGGAGUGUGACCCUAACAUUGAAAAGAAAGGCUUUGACAACUUAGCCUACGAGUAUGGGAGCCAGAGCGAGCUCUACCCUCCACCCAAAACUGCCUCAAGAGCCACUUUUAAACUCCAGGGGCUCACCUCUGAGCACGAGGUCCACGUCAUCCAAACCAGAAUCUGCAGCCUGAAUGGAGUACUUGCCGUCACGUGGUCUGUACCCAACAGUUUGGCCAAGGUGGACUACGAUGCUUCAGCUACUACAACCAAAGAGAUCGCCCUGGAGCUCCAGACCUCGGGAUAUGGCGUGGAGUCUACGGUGCAGAUCAGGGUGGAUGGCAUGCAUUGCCAAUCCUGUGUUCAGUCCAUUGAGGGACAGAUCGGGGCGCUAAAAGGGGUUUCACAUAUUCAGGUGUCUCUUCAGGACAAAGCAGCAGUGGUUGUUUUUCAGCCUCUUCUAAUCACACAACAAGAGCUAAGAGACAAAAUUGAGGACAUGGGCUUUGACGCUGCUUUAUUACCCGAGGACCCAUCAGGAGGAGAUUUAAGCUUCUGGAAGAACGAGGAGCUGAAUGUCUCCACCGAGACUGUAACCGUCUGGAUUGGAGGGAUGACUUGCAGCUCUUGUGUGCAGACAAUAGAAGGGAGGAUCUCUCAGAUGACUGGAGUGCAGUUCAUAGUGGUGUCGCUGAAGGAGGAAAAAGGAACAAUAACCUUUGACCCCAGUUUGACUGAACCAGAGCAGCUCAGGGCAGCUAUUGAGGACGUGGGCUUUGACGCUUCACUUCAAGAACCUAUAAAGAGCAUUCAGAGUCAUGAAAAGUCACAGCUUGUAAGCUCUGGACUUUCUGACAUGUUGGCCAGCAGGCCUCGAGUCAGCAGUGGCACUGGAUCACAGGUACCCUCUGCAAGCUCUCACCCCAGCUCUCCUGAGAUGAGAGUACAAAAGUGCUUCAUCUGUGUUACGGGGAUGACCUGUGCCUCCUGUGUGGCCAACAUUGAGAGAAACCUGCUCAAACACAGGGGAGUCCUCUCAGUGUUGGUGUCACUAAUGGCUGGUAAGGCGGAGGUGAAGUAUGAUUCAAAUGUCCUGGAUGCCGUUGCUGUGGCUGAGCUCAUUAAACACUUGGGCUUUGGUGCCAAAUUGAUUGAGGAUGAUACAGUAACGCACGGAAAACUGGAUCUCACUAUAACCGGCAUGACGUGCGCAUCAUGUGUCCACAACAUCGAGUCUAAGCUCAGCUCAACCAGAGGGAUCCUCAUGGCCUCGGUCACACUGGCAACCAAAAAAGCUCAGAUCCAGUUUGACCCAGAGGUGCUCGGAGCUCGAGAUAUUAUCAAGAUCAUCCAGGGUCUUGGAUUUGAGGCCAGUCUGGAGAAGGUGGGCUUCAAGAACAACCUCGACCAUAAAGAAGAAAUUCGACAGUGGAAGAGCUCCUUUUUGUUGAGCCUGGUCUUUGGCCUGCCUGUGAUGGGCCUCAUGAUCUACAUGAUGAUUAUGGAUAACCUACACCAGGAACAUGGAGGCUCCAUGCCCACUGAACAGAACGUACUGCCAGGCCUCUCCAUCCUCAACCUGCUCUUCUUUGUGCUCUGUACACCUGUGCAGAUCUUUGGAGGACGAUACUUCUACAUUCAGGCAUACCGCUCAUUAAAACACUGCACGGCCAACAUGGAUGUGCUAAUUGUGUUGGCCACCUCCAUUGCCUACAUCUACUCCUGCGUGGUCCUCAUUGUAGCCAUGGCUGAGCGAGCCAGCCAAAGCCCCGUCACCUUUUUCGACACUCCACCGAUGCUCUUUGUGUUCAUAGCUUUGGGGCGAUGGCUGGAGCACAUUGCAAAGAGUAAAACCUCAGAGGCUUUGGCCAAAUUAAUGUCACUUCAAGCCACUGAUGCCACUGUGGUCACUCUGGGAUCUGACAAAGCCAUCAUCAGUGAGGAGCAGGUAGUGGUGGAGCUGGUCCAGAGGGGUGACAUUGUCAAGGUUGUCCCUGGAGGAAAGUUCCCAGUUGACGGAAAAGUGAUUGAAGGGAGCUCCAUGGCAGAUGAGUCCUUGAUUACAGGUGAGCCAAUGCCUGUUAGUAAGAAGGUGGGCAGUUUAGUGAUUGCUGGCUCCAUCAACGCUCAUGGUGCUCUUCUGGUGGAGGCCACUCAUGUUGGCGCUGAAACAACACUGUCACAAAUAGUCAAGCUGGUGGAAGAGGCACAAACCUCUAAGGCCCCUAUCCAGCAGUUUGCAGACAGACUCAGUGGCUACUUUGUUCCCUUCAUCGUUAUCGUUUCCCUGCUAACAUUAGUCGUGUGGCUGGCCAUUGGGUUUGUCAACUUUGACAUUGUGAAAGAGAACUUCCCGGGUUACAACCAGAACAUCUCUAAGGCAGAGGUUAUCGUCCGCUUCGCCUUCCAGGCAUCCAUCACUGUUCUCUCCAUUGCCUGCCCCUGCUCUCUGGGGCUGGCAACCCCGACUGCUGUCAUGGUGGGCACCGGGGUCGGAGCUCAGAAUGGAAUCCUCAUUAAAGGAGGCGAGCCACUGGAGAUGGCGCAUAAGAUUGGUGUGGUGAUGUUUGAUAAAACUGGAACGAUUACAAAUGGCGUGCCACGGGUGACUCGAGUAUUGGUGUUGUGGGAAAUGGCCCGUAUGCCCCUGAGGAAGAUCCUGGCAGUGGUAGGCACUGCAGAGGCUGGUAGCGAGCACCCACUGGGCAUAGCAGUUGCCAAACACUGCAAACAGGAGCUGGGGUCUGAUGUCCUGGGUUGCUGCCAGGACUUCCAAGCUGUACCUGGCUGUGGGAUCAGCUGCCGGGUGUCCAGCGUGGAACAUCUGCUGUUGCUACAGCCGAGCGAGGAGCGUUUUCUGCUGCCAGGAGCCACAACUGAUGAAAGCAGCCUGCUGCCUCCAGAAGAGUCCACUUCUGCAGCUGAGGGGCCAACUUAUUGUGUUCUGAUUGGGAACAGAGAAUGGAUGAGGAGGAACGGCCAUCACAUUGGAGCAGAUGUGGAUGCCGCCAUGUCGAGUCACGAAACCAAAGGGCAGACAGCCAUAUUGGUGGCUAUAGACGGUGUUUUGUGUGCAAUGUUAGCCAUCGCAGACACGGUGAAAGCAGAGUCAGCAUUAGCAGUGCAUACACUUAACACCAUGGGCAUCGAGGUGAUCAUGAUAACAGGAGACAACAGGCGCACAGCUAAAGCCAUAGCAGCACAGGUGGGGAUCAGAAAGGUGUUUGCAGAGGUGCUACCAUCACACAAGGUGGCGAAAGUCCAGGAGCUGCAGGAGCAAGGCCUGCUGGUGGCCAUGGUGGGAGAUGGCGUGAACGACUCGCCCGCCCUCGCCCGUGCUGAUGUUGGCAUCGCCAUCGGCACAGGCACCGACGUGGCCAUCGAGGCCGCUGACAUUGUCCUGAUCCGAAACGACCUGCUGGAUGUGGUGGCAAGCAUCGAGCUGUCCAAGAAAACGGUGCGUCGGAUAAGGAUCAACUUUGUCUUUGCUCUCAUCUACAACCUUGUGGGAAUACCAAUUGCUGCAGGGGUGUUCAUGCCUGUUGGCCUGGUGCUCCAACCCUGGAUGGGCUCCGCUGCAAUGGCCGCCUCAUCAGUUUCAGUGGUCCUGUCUUCUUUAAUGCUGAGAAUGUACAAGAAAACCUCAGUGGAGCUGUAUGAGAUGCGCUCAAGAGGCCAAAUGAGGAGCCUUCAUUCCUCUCAGAUCAGCACACAUCAGGGUCUGGACAGCCGGCGGCGGAGCCCCGCUCUCCCCAAAGCAACAUGGGAACAGCGGAGCCCAAGCGGUGCGGCCUCACCCAGCCUCUCCAGCCAGCCACCCAGUCAAGGGGCAUCUAUUAAGGUUGUCACUGAGGAGCAGGACCGCUACUCCCUGCUGGAGCACCAGACUGCAGAGGUCCUCAAUGUGUUGUAAAGGGAAGAUGGGAACACCGUUUUCUAUACAUUUUUAUAUGUAUUUAUGUAAAUAGACUAAUCGUGAAACCUAAAAUGCUCUUUUACUUUGAUGUAACGUGAAAGUUUUACAGAAACAACAAGAAUUAAAGUUGAUAUAUAUAAAAAACAGGUUUUCUUGUGUGUCGCACAAAUCCUCCAGAAAAUAACAAAUGCACUUUCACAAGAUCAACGAGUCAAAGAUGC